UACUGCAGAAGCUGUACUACAAAAAAUGGACGAUAUGAAGAAGAUGCGCCGUAGACGAAUGAUGGAAGAUCUUGGGGUGUUCAAUGGUAGAAAAGGAGGAAACCUUGAUAUGUACUCCAGAGGGAAACCACCUAUCCAAAGGACUGAUGAAGAAACCUCUGACAAUCAGGAUGGAAGUGCAGAAUCCUCAGAAGAAGUUGAGGACCAUGAAGAUGAAGAUGGAGAAGAAAACCAAAAGCGCUAUGAUCUCCGGCAGCGAAAAACUGUUGUUCGUUAUCAAGCCUCACCAGAAA